CCGUGGACUGCGCGGGUCAGGUUGAGGACGUAGAUUGUUGUACUCCGAGACGUCUUUCUAAACACGUGCUCUGGCAUCAUGAACCCUCAGCAGCUUCUCCUGCUUACUUUGGCGGCGGCGUCGACGUGGACCCUAGGGGCCCUUGGAGACAAGUUACCUGGCGGAGACCAUAGCGGCGGAGGCCCAGGAAGAGGGAACAGCAGACGCGGACAGACUUCAGGGACGGCCUCACAGAGUUACGGACUUCCUCAUCAGGGCUUCUCCUCAGGGCGCAGCGGGCAUGGGAGCGCCGGCGGUCCUGGCGCGGGGCUGUCCUCGUCCUAUUCUCAGCCGUCUAAUUCCCUCGGAAAUGGAGGAGGUUCUAGCUACGAUUUGCCCGACGAGAUAACAGCCCCGGGCCAGUCCUACGGCGCUCCCUCGCAGCAGACACAGACGUACGGACAGCCCAGCAGGGGUCAGACCCAGACUGUAAGUCAGACAUAUAGCACACCACAACAGACACCGAUUCUUUCACAGACAUAUGACGCACCCCAGUUCUCCAGGAACAGCCAGAGUCCUUCUCAGACUUAUGCGGCUCCUCAGCAACAGCCCUCACAAACCUAUGGCACACCUAGCAGGCAGGAGCAGCCUUCUCAGAGUUAUGGCAUUCCACAGCAAGAAAAACCAUCGCAGAGCUAUGGACCUCCCCAGCAACAGCAGCCAUCACAGAGCUAUGGGACUCCCCAGCAACAACAGCCAUCACAGAGCUAUGGGACUCCCCAGAAACAGCAGCCAUCACAGAGCUAUGGGACUCCUCAGCAACAGCAGCCAUCACAGAGCUAUGGGACUCCCCAGAAACAGCAACCAUCACAGAACUAUAGAACUCCUCAGCAACAGCAACCAUCACAGAACUAUGGGACUCCCCAGCAACAACAGCCAUCACAGAGCUAUGGAGCCCCAGAACAGCCCUCUCAGGAUUACAGAACACCACAGCAGCAGCAACCUUCUCAAAGUUAUGGAGCUCCUGAGCAGCCGUCCCAGAAUUAUGGUGCUCCCCAGCAAUCUCAAAAUGGUUAUGGACAAAGACAAAAUGCGAACAGGUUAGGUGCCAGACAAAAUAACAACGGAGGAAACAGAUAUGGAAGCCGCCAAAACAACGGUGGGGGAAAUGGUCUUGGAGGUAAGCAGAACAGAGACAGCAACAAUGGUUAUGGACACCAGCAGAAUAGAGGCAGCGGUGGAUAUGGGGGCCAGCAGAAUGGAGGCGACAGUGGAUAUGGAGGCCAGCAGAAUGGAGGUAACACUGGGUAUGGAGAUCAACCAAAUACCGGCGGCGGAAAUGGAUACGGAGAACAGCAGCAUAUGAAGGGGAUGCCAUACGGUUUUGACUACGCCGUCAACGACCAGUAUACCGGCACUGAUUUCUCACAGUCAGAGUCAUCUGACGGAAACGUAGUGACCGGGGAGUACCGGGUUCUCUUGCCCGACGGAAGGACGCAGAUCGUCACUUAUACCGCCGACCAUGAGAACGGUUUUGUUGCAGAUGUUAGGUAUGAGGGCGAAGCUCAGUACCCUCUGGGAAAUAAUGGCGGUGGCUACGGAGGGCAGCAAGACAGUGGCUACGGAGGGCAGCAGGGUAAUAAUAAUGGGUACGGAGGGCAACAAAGUGGUGGUAACAGUUACGGAGGACAACAGGGUAACAAUAAUGCAUAUGGUGGGCAACAGAGCGACAACAGUGGAUAUGGAGGACAACAGAAUAAUAACAACGGGUAUGGAGGGCAGGAAAAUAAAGAUGACAGCAGCGGUUAUGGAGGACAACAGCAUACUGGUGGGAGCAUCUUUGGUGGCAGCACGGGUCAGGGCUCAGGGUAUGGCAGGAAGAAGUAGCAAUGAUUCCGUUAUAAAACCGUUAAAUUGAAGUAUGUCAAUGAUACAAAAAAAGUUGUUAGACUUGAAAAUUCAGGAAAAAUUCAGGUGCUUUGUAUUUACAAUCGGUUUAUUUAUGGGCCAUUGCUAUAAAUCAUUUACUACAUUUUCCAAGCCAAAAUCCGUCAUUUGUCUCAUCUAGUGUGAAACAAUGUUGUAGGUGUGUUUCUGUGUGAUGUAAAGCCAAUAGAUAUAGUGCCAAUUAGUUAGUAGAUAUGUAUAAAAAAAAAAAACCUUGCCAUAGCUUUAAGGCAAACACAGUUAACACCAACUGUUGCCUUAAAAUCCAUGUGAAUGUCAGUUGAUGUUCAUAAGCAGCCUGUGGAACAGGUUUUGUCUCUGAGGUGAAUACUUUAGAUUAAGAAGAUAGAAAAGUUUUUAUUUUUGUGCAGAUUCAUAUGCCUGUAGUAAUAUAUUUAUAGUAACAGAAUUAUAUUAAUAUAAAGAUUUACAUUAUUUUUGUAAAACAAAACCAAUUAAAAUAUAUAAUAUGCAUUUAC